GCAAUGGAGACGAGUAAACUCAAUGUGAGGCGAAUGCGAGGUAACGAUCAAGGUAUUGUUGAAAAUGACUCCCCAGCAGAACCACAUGGCAGCAGCCCUCCCCGACCUGUUUCUGCUCUUGUUCGUCUCUACGUGUAUGCGCUGCAUGGCUGCCUCUGCGAGGUGGCCUUCACUGCUGUGUGGGACUGGUGCAGCACCCAGGACAGGAGGCUGGCAGGCCACAGCAGUCUGUGGGCACUGCCCAUGUAUGCCACAGCAAUCUAUGUCAUGGAGAGGCUGAGGGCCCUGAUGCUCGCUCAGAAUCACCCACUGACUGUGCGGCUCAUGCUCUACACUGUUUUCAUCUACCUGUGGGAGUUCAGCUGGGGUGUGGGGCUUAGUUUGUUGGGAGCCUGUCCAUGGGACUACUCAGGCCAUAGGUACAACCUGGGAGGACUGAUAACUCUGGACUAUGCACUUCCCUGGGCUGUGGCUGCAUAUAUAGCAGAACAGCAUGUGAUCAGGCACACUUUAAGAAUAAGACUGCAUAACUGA